AUGGCAAUUCCCGUUAUUGUUCAAGAAGCAAAUGAAUCAAAGGAUCAGCUGUAUGGUGUUCUUUUUUGUUUUUUUGGCCUUUUGUUGUGUUUAGCUGAACCAAGUUAUUUCAGGUUUGAAUCAAAAUUUAUCCGUAUUAUCAUUGAGGAAGUCUUACACGAAGUCAAAUCUCGAACACCCCUUUAUGUUACCAAGCACCCCGUGGCUCUUUCUCCCCGUGUUAAUCAAAUAGAGAAGUUAUUGUUCAAAGGAGACGGUGAUGAUGUUCGUGUGAUUGGGAUUCACGGCAUGGGUGGAAUUGGCAAAACAACUCUUGCAAAAGCUGUGUUUAACCAAGUUUUUCAGCAUUUCGAGGCAAGUUGCUUUCUUGAAAAUGUGAAAUCAGAGGCUUCUGAAAGACAUAAUGGAUUAGUUCAUUUACAAGAGCAACUUCUUGGAACGAUUCUUAGGAGAAAGAUCAAAGUGCACAAUGUGGAUGAGGGCAUUACAUUGAUCAAAGAAGGGAUUUGGCAGAAAAAGGUUUUCAUAGUCCUUGAUGAUGUGGAUGAUCAAUGCCAGUUAAAUGCAUUACUUGGAGAACGUGAUUGGCUUCGCCCGGGUAGUAGAGUUGUUAUAACAACCCGAGACAAGCAUUUGCUCAAAGAACUACAUUUGAAUGAGCAAUAUGAAGCCAUGAAAUUGGAUCACAAAAGCUCUUUACAACUCUUCACUUUACAUGCCUUUAGAAAUGCACCACCGGCUGAAGACUAUAGUAUGCUUGUCGAUGGCAUUGUAACUUACUGUGCAGGAGUUCCACUGGCUCUUCAAGUUUUGGGCGCUUAUUUGUCUGAUAAAAAGAUUGAAGAAUGGAAAAAUGCAGUGGACAAAUUAAAGAUGAUUCCUUCUAACGAUAUUCAUACAAAACUCAGAAUAAGCUUUGAUGGACUUCCUGAUGAUUUUACUAAAGCUGCUUUCCUUGAUAUUGCUUAUUUCUUCUUCAAAAUCCAGAAGAGUGAGGUCGUAGGUAUAUUCACAGCUUGCGGUUUCUACCCUGAGGUUGAAAUUUGCGAAUUGAUUGACAAAUCUUUGUUAACAAUCGAUGAAAAUAAGCAUUUGAAUAUGCAUAAUUUGAUCCGGGAUAUGGGACGAGAAAUUGUUCAUAGGGAAUCACCCGAUAACCCGGGGAAGCGUAGCAGAUUAUGGUGCGCUAAAGACAUUUCCGAUGUACUCAUAGGACACAAGGGCACAAAAGCAGUUGAAGGAAUAGUCCUUGAAUCUUCAGCAUUGAAGGAAGUACCUUUUAGUACAAAAGCAUUUGAAAAAAUGGCCAAGUUAAGACUCCUACGCAUCAAUCAUUUGCAGUUAUAUGGAAGUUUUCAGUAUUUACCAAAGUCACUAAAAUAUUUGCAUUGGCACUAUUGUCCUUUGAAAUGCUUGCCAUCUGACUUUUGUCUGGAGAAUCUUGUCAUUCUCAACAUGAGUUUUGGCAAAUUCAAGGAAUCCCAAGCGCCGUUAAAGUAUUUCAAGUGUUUGAAGAGCUUGGUAUUCUACAGUUGUGAGUAUCUCAAGAAAUCCCCAGAGUUUGUUGGUUUACAUAGUCUUGAGAAGUUAUCAUUUGGUUAUUGCUCAAAUUUAAUGGGAUUGGACUCAACAAUUGGAGAAUUGAAGAGACUUCGUAUUUUAAACGUAGCUGAUUGUAAGAACCUACGAGAACUCCCACGAAGAAUCUGUGAGUUAAAAUCACUUGAAAUCUUAUAUCUCGAUAGCUGCACAAAACUAGAAGAAUUGCCUGAUGAUUUGGGAAAGUUGGAAGGUCUGAAAGAGUUGAAUGCAGUUGCAACAGCUAUUACAAGAUUACCUGGUUCUGUUGGACAUUUAAAGAACUUAGAGAUGCUAUUGCUAUUACAGGACCUCGUAUUGAAAAGACAAUCCAAAUUUUCGGACAUAUUCUCAACUUGGUUGCAACCAAAAGGAAGCCUUAGUAGAGUGGGAUAUUUACCUUCUUCAGUUUCAAGUUUAAGUGCUUUAAAAGUUUUACAAAUUGAGAACUGGAAUAUGACUGAAGAUGAUAUUCCUUUUUCUCUUGCGAGUUUAUCAUCUUUACAGAAUCUAUGUUUUAGCAAUAAUAAGUUUCAUGUUAUACCUUUCAACCUUUGUGACCUUUCUAGUCUCAAGCAUCUGAAUUUAAGCGAAUGUCCGAAUCUUAAAAGUAUCCCUGAAAUUCCUCCCACUCUUCAGAAUCUCAGAGCUUAUAAUUGCAAGUCGUUAGAGAGACUUCCAAAUUUGUCAGGUUUGAAAAGGUUGAAGGAACUGGAAUUGUUUCGUUGUGAAAUGUUGACGGAGAUUCAAGGGUUGGAGAACCUUGAUUCUGUUAGAGAAAUAAGUUUAUGGAGCUGCAAGAGUUUUGGAAGACUACUUGACGUAUCUAACUUGAGUAAAUUGAAGAACUUGGAUCUUAGUCACUGCGAAAGAUUGAUAGAGAUUCGAGGCUUGGACAACCUUCGUUCCAUACGCUACAUCAACUUAUUCAAUUGCAAGGGUCUCAAAAAUCCUUUCACUGAAAACUUCUUCAAAGUCCAUUAUGAACAUGGUAGUGAGCUCCAACUAGGGCUUUGCAACAGCAAUGUUCCGAAUUGGUUUAGCUACAAAGUAGAUGGAUGUUCAAUGUGCUUCAAUAUGCCUCUACAAGUGGAGAGUACAUUCUUGGGCAUGUUUCUUUGGGUUGUUUAUGGAACAGUGGAUGAAACUAAAAAUGUUUAUCCUAAAGCCACCAUUGUCGAUGAAACAAAUGGCGUUGAGUUUAACCAUCGUCUGUGGACAACCAUAUCCUUUGCAGAAAACUCGUCCAUCCAUUACAUACCACGAAAUUACUUCAAAUGUCCGGUUAAAGGCAGAGAAACGAUGAGCAUUCUUAUUGAAUGCUAUGACUUUCCAACUGAAGAUUUUGUUAAGAAAUGUGGAGUUUAUCUGUUGUACAAAGACAAGAAUGGCCCGGUUCAUUCUUUGUCUCCUGGUUUUCUUUAGAAUCGCAACACGGGCUUGUGAAAGAGAAGUUAAGGCUAGUUUUCUGCAAUUUCAGGUGUGAUGAUCAUCUUCUCUUGUAUUCUUUGAUUUUAGUAUAAUUGACAUGCUUUCGUUCUGCUUUUAAAAAUUGUUACAUCGCGUCAACUAAAUUGCUGGUUGGUUCUUUGUCA